AUGCUGGUGCUGUGUCUGCUGUCCCUGGCCUGGCUCAGCGAGGGCUCACAGCGCAGUGAGCCCAUGUUCUCAGCUGUCACCCACCGCCUCCUCCCACCCGACUAUGACAGCAACCCCACGCAGCUCAACUACGGCGUGGCCGUCACCGACCUGGAUGCUGAUGGUGACUUCGAGAUUGUGGUGGCAGGGUACAAUGGCCCCAACCUGGUGCUCAAGUAUGACAAGGCACGAGGGCGGCUGGUGAACGUGGCAGAGGACGAGCAGGACUCCCCAUACUACGCACUGCGGGACCGGCAGGGCAAUGCCAUCGGCGUGACGGCCUGUGACAUUGACGGGGAUGGCCGUGAGGAGAUCUACUUCCUCAACACCAACAACGCCUUCUCUGGCAUGGCCACCUACACAGACAAACUCUUCAAGCUCCGCAAUGGGCGCUGGGAGGACCUCCUGAGCGAUGAGGUGAACCGGGAUGUGGCCAGCCGCUUCGCCGGGCGCUCCGUCGCCUGUGUGGACAGGACGGGCUCCGGCAGGUACUCCAUCUACAUCGCCAACUACGCCAGCGGCAACGUGGGUCCCCAUGCCCUGAUCGAGAUGGACGUGGCUGCCAGUGACCCUGCCCGUGGCGUUGUGGUGCUGGUGGAUGUGGCCGCCCAGGCUGGGGUCAGCAAGUACACAGGGGGCCGUGGGGUGGCCGUGGGCCCCAUCCUGAGCGACAGCGCCUCUGACAUAUUCUGCGGUAACGAGAACAGCCCCAAUUUCCUCUUCCACAACUGGGGGGACGGGACGUACCGGGAUGUGGCGGCUGCUGUGGGGUUGGAUGACCCCUACCAGCAUGGACGUGGCGUGGCACUGGCUGACUUCAACCGCGAUGGCCGGGUGGACAUUGUCUACGGCAACUGGAACGGGCCGCAUCGCCUCUACCUGCAGAGUGGGGCCCCCGGGCGCGUCCGAUUCCGGGACAUCGCCACCCCCAAAUUCUCCAUGCCAUCCCCUGUCCGCACCGUCAUUGCAGCUGACUUCGACAACGACCAGGAGCUGGAGGUUUUCUUCAACAACAUCGCCUACCGUGGCUCCUCUGCCAACCGCCUAUUCCGGCUUAUCCGCAGGGAGCACUCGGACCCCAUUGUGGAAGAGCUGAAUCCGGGGGAUGCGCUGGAGCCCGAGGGACGGGGCACAGGGGGUGCAGUGACAGAUUUUGAUAGUGAUGGGAUGCUGGACCUCAUUCUGUCCCAUGGUGAGUCCAUGGCACAGCCGAUCUCCAUCUUCAAGGGCACCCAGGGUACCAGCAACAACUGGCUGCGCAUCAUCCCCCGCACCCGCUUUGGGGCCUUUGCACGGGGGGCCAAAGUGGUGCUGUUCACGCGGCGCAGUGGGGCCCACCUGCGCAUCAUUGAUGGCGGAUCGGGGUACCUCUGCGAGAUGGAGCCCGUGGCGCACUUUGGACUGGGGCAUGAUGAAGCCAGCAGUCUGGAGGUGACCUGGCCGGAUGGCCGUGUCGUGGCACGAGCCGUGGCCAGCAGUGAGACCAACUCUGUCCUGGAGGUCCCCUACCCCCUGGACAUGGAGGACCCACUCAUCCAUGGACCUCUGGAGGUGAGGUGUGGGCAGGGAUUCUCCCAGCACGAGAAUGGACGCUGUGUAG